AUGCUCCUGCAGGAACAGACUUACAUGGUAUGGCGAACUGGCAAGGUGCUCAGUCUGACCAGCUUCGAUAUCAAAGGCGCGUACAACGGGGUCUGCAAAGAGCGAGUGCUGGAGAGGAUGAAGCGAGGGGGAUACCAGAUAGACUGGUGGAUUGGAGGGAUGCGUUCUGCUCCGGGACGGACGGCCUCAGUGGUAGUGAGCGGGCACACGUCCGAGCAACGAGUCUUGCCCCAAGCAGGUCUGCCGCAAGGAUCACCAUUGUCGCCAAUUGCGUUGCUGUUCUUCAACGCAGACUUGGUGCAGAGACGCAUCAAUGCCAAAGGCGCCUCGGUGACGGGGCCAACGGCGGAGGCGAACCGAGAGGGCAUCCAAUCAAUCAUUGCCGAAGCGCUCCAGUGGGAAAGAUGCAGCGGCGCAACGUUUGAAGCGGACAAAACGACUGUCAUUCACUUCACAAGAGCAAUGGAGCGCACCUGCGACACACCGUUCAUGACCAAAGGACAAGAGGUCAUACCGAAGAGCAGCGUGAAACUACUAGGGGUGGUCAUGGGCACAAAGCCGAUCGGCCUGCGGACGCUCCCCAAGACGCAUCCUCUGGCAUCAUCAAAGGUCAAAGCGAGCAAGCGACUCGUCUCGUCGAUGCGAAGGAUUGCCUCGAUGAUCGCGGAGUCAGACACAGAGCGAAUGGAGAUCAUCCACGAGUACUCUCUGGCACCACGGAACGACCGCGUCGUGGGCGAGCGGGAUCAGAUACAGGUGGUCAAGCCAAACGACGUGGAAGGUAUCGUCGUCGCCACUUCCAGCUCGCAGAGGAAGGAGCACGAGCGAGGUGCUGGCCAGCUACUCGGUCACCCUCGGAUCGAGGAUGAGCAGAACCCGUACAUAGCAGAAAUCGCGGCAGUGGCAAUGGCGCUGGCCAGCUGGACUGCGUCACCGAGAUUUGACGAUCAUGACGAGCAACUGCUCGGUAUUGGAGGUAAUCAGGCGGGCACGCCAACAGUCUGGCCAGUGCACAAUCCUACAGAUAUACGACCGCAUCGAUGCAACAGAGUCCGGGUGGGCGAAAAAUAUGCCUGUCAAACGAUUGUCUACAUCUUUUCGAACCCGGCACCAGAAGCCCUCAUUAUGCAGCUGACCAACCAGUGUUUGGAUGCUGCUCUGGCCUUGAUGUAG